AUGGCUUCACCGAAGGAGGAGAGCGUAAAACGCAACAGCGAAAGCGAAGAUACUGAAUCCUCAGAACAUGAUCCGCAUUACGAGCCGAUUGUUUCUCUACCGCUUGUAGACAUUCCAACGAACGAGGAAGAAGAAGAGGAACUCGUGAAGAUUCGAGCGAGACUCUACAGAUAUGACGUUCAAGAUCAUGAGUGGAAGGAACGGGGAACCGGUGAUAUAAAACUGCUACGUCACACUGUCAAUAAUUCUGUGAGGGUAGUUAUGAGGCGUGAUAAGACUUUGAAAGUUUGCGCCAAUCACUUUAUAACCCCCGACAUAAGAAUGAAUGUGCAUUGCGGUUCUGAUAAGGCAUUUAAUUGGUCAGUUUUUGCUGAUUUUGCUGAUGAAACUUGUAAACAGGAAAUGCUUGCUAUAAAAUUCGGCAAUCCGCAAAAUGCAGAGCUGUGGAAAACAAAAUUUGCUGAGGCCCAAGAAAUUGUGAGAACAAAAUGCAUUUUAUACACCCAAGAUCAGUUUUCCGAUGAUGAGAGCAGUUUCACAAGAAGUGAGGAUACAGAAACACCAGAUCCCAAAGGCACCGAUAAAACACCGGAUGAUGAAAACAAAAAAAUAACUGAUCAAGAUUCCGAUGGAGUUGUCCUAAAAUUGAAAGAACUCAAAGUGGAAAGUGCAAAAACAGAGUAA